UGUCUGACGGAGGCGUUGGUCCGACCGCUCUCCGCUCUGUCGCUCUUUCUACUCCACUGUUUACAAAACACGGAGCGGGGUGGAAACCUGCCGCCGGGGACGAAGCGUCUUUCGGGCUUUAUUGUUACUCCUAUUUUGAACUUUCUCAGAGAACAACCGUUUAUUUUUGUAUCCCUCCUCUCCGGAUGAAAGGAUCCCUACCGCAUUUUUAUUCCUGCAACGUGGACGUACGGCUCGACGGCGCGGGAGACGGGAGAGUCCUGCUAUCGGAGUAAUUUAUUUUCCUAAAAAGAGGUGGAUACCGCUGAAGGAAUGCUGCUGUCCAAGCUCAAUUCUCUCGCCCACAUCUCACCCGUGGAUAUGCCGGCGAAGAUCCAGCUCCAAGUUCAUCAAGUGAAGGAGAAGGAGCCUUUCGAGAAGCUCUUCCAGGUCGGAGGGGUUCUGGGCAGCGGGGGCUUCGGGACCGUCUACUCCGGGACCAGGAUCUCCGACGGAGCUCCGGUUGCUGUCAAACAUGUAGCCAAGGACAGAGUCUCCGAGUGGGGAGAGCUGCCGAACGGCGCUCGCGUGCCCAUGGAGAUCGUCCUGCUGAAGAAGGUGGGCACGGGCUUCCGCGGCGUCAUCAAGAUGCUGGACUGGUUCGAGCGGCCGGACAGCUUCAUCAUCGUGAUGGAGCGGCCCGAGAACGUCAAGGACCUGUUCGACUUCAUCACCGAGAAGGGUGCCUUACCGGAGGAGCUGGCCCGCAGCUUCUUCCGCCAGGUGCUGGAGGCCGUGCGGCACUGCCACAGCUGCGGCGUGGUGCACCGGGACAUCAAGGACGAGAACAUCCUCAUCGAUCUGCGCACGGGCGAGAUGAAGCUCAUCGACUUCGGCUCGGGGGCCCUGCUGAAGGACACCAUCUACACAGAUUUUGACGGCACGAGGGUUUACAGCCCGCCCGAGUGGAUCAAGUACCACCGCUACCACGGGCGCUCGGCCACGGUGUGGUCGCUGGGCGUCCUGCUGUACGACAUGGUGUGCGGCGACAUCCCCUUCGAGCACGACGAGGAGAUCACCAGGGGGCAGGUCCUGUUCCGGAGGAGGGUCUCCUCAGAAUGCCAGCAGCUGAUCAAGUGGUGUCUGUCGCUGCGUCCGGCCGACCGCCCGUCCUUCGAGGACAUCAUCAACCACUCGUGGAUGCAGAACUCGUCGUCGUCGUCGUCGGUGGUGCCGCUGGCCGUGCAGAUGGAGAAGAGCACGACGGAGAUCCUGCUGCACAGCAUCGGCCACGAGUCCUCGGCCUUCACGCCCUCGCCGGUGGCCGUGGCCGUGGCGCGGUGACGACCCCGGCCGCCACAGACUCUUACUAAAGACUCAUGAAACCGACUUGAAUCAGGAGAGGAGAGGUCAGGAGGACCGUGUCGCUCUCCCUCUCCGCCCUCGCCACCCCAACUACUUGAUUUUGACUUUCCUGCGGUCGUCGGCGGCAUCGCGGCGAUGCGAGCUCUUCUGAGCCGAAGCGAGAGAUUCUUCACAAACAAGUGCCUUCUGUGACGGCCGGGGAGGGAGAGGACGCCUGAAAUACUUGAAUCAGUCAAAGGCUCUUCUUCUCCACGACCCUUCCGCUCCCUUCUCUCUUCAAGGCUUUAUAUCCGUCUGUUGCUGUUUUCCUCACUGGUUUCUCCCUCUCUCUCUCUCUCUCUCUCUCUUUCUGUCUCUCUCUCAUGGGCCUAGAUCAGUAAAGCUCAUGCCAUUUACAACCACUACUAUCAUUAGCAACCAGACGACCUCAUGGCUGCGGCGAAACCUGUGCAAACACAGCGUCACGAUAACUAAACACUGGACUUACCUCACUCUCUUUAUCUUAACUACAGCAUCCACCUCUACGCUGCCGACAGACCUCCCCCCCCCCCCCCCCCCCCCAACCCCCCCGUCCCACCUGCACGCACACCGCAAUGCAAACCACACCGAGAUACAGCUUCCUCUGCUCUCCUGUUUAGCGCCGCCUCGUCACCAGUGCCUCACGCAGGUCUUAAAACUCAGUGGGGAUGAGAAUUGUAAAUAACAGUAUUUAUUAUUGCUGUGACUCCUCACAAUCUAUUUAUUUAUUUAUGAGAGAAUUGCGGCUGUACGUAUAAAUAUAUGAAUAUAUACUUAUAUAUUUCAUUCCACAGUCACUGAAGGGCCCACAGAUUAUUUAAAAGAAAUUUUUUUACCAUAUUUAUGGCUUGAAUUUUUUUUUUAAAACGGAGCAGAAGAAUGUGUGUAUGUCUGUGUAUGUUGAUGUAAAUACUGUGUAAAUAGUUCCUGAAAGCACUUCCAUCGUAAUGUUUGUAAAAAAAAAACACAAAACAAUGUCUACUGAUGGUAACUGGUUUUGUUACGCUGUCUGGGUGAAUCCUGAAUGUCUGAAUGUGCCUGUGCGACUGAGAACCUCUUCAGGCUGCGAGUCUCCUGUCCGUCUGUUUGUUUUUUUUCCACCCAUUCAAAUUAGAAUUGUAAAUUAUGUUAGAAGCUAUUUUUAUACGAUUUCAAUAAAUAUUUUUUUAACUAUGA